AUGGUCAAUACACCUCACAGGGAGUGGAGGCGCGACGGGCAGGACGAAGGCUCGCCGCAGACGCCGUCUCCGCCGCGGUCGGGGCCACGGCGGUUGGGUGGUUCGCCAAGCACAGUAUCGCCAGGAGUACGCAGCCGGCUGCUGGCCCCGACAACGCCGAAGUCGCGGGCGUCGGAGAUGUUUUUGUCGCCUUCGCCGACCCUGCGGUCGCCGGCAGCGCAGGCGCCGCCGCGAGACAGCGAUAAGCCGAUCCGCGAGAUCUCAUUCAACCUCAAGACGCGGCUCAACUAUGCAUUUGUGAAGCUCCAGAACGGGUGGCAGGAUAAGACGCUGCCGGAGCUGGAGGAGGCGCUGGAGGGGUCGCCGCGCAAGCGACACGAGCGGUCGCCGGUGGGGCCGGCGGAGGAAUACAGCAACGCAUAUGCAACGGCGGCGGCAGGUGCCGACGGGGCUGCGGAGAACAGCGCGCAGAGCGCUUUUCUGCGCGCGCUGUCGAGCCCGAAGAAGAAGCCGCGCUCGGAGUCGGUGGGCCAGGGCUCGCCGCCGCGCCUGCCCAUGUUCCCCUCGCAUAACGAGCCCUCGGAGGUCGAGGCCAUUGAAACACUGAUGGCGCUGUCCUCUGCGCAGAAGCGGCUGCCGCACCCCGCGCGCGACGCGGGUGCGUUCCUGGGCGCGCAGCCCGCCGCGCUGGGCCAGUUCCCGACGUUUGCCGCCGCGCCCGCGCCCGCGGCCACGGUGCACCGCUCGUCGCUGUCCUCCGACUCGUCCGACUCGUCCGCGUCGUCGCUCAAGCGCGCGCUCGUCAAGCCCUUUGGCCUCGCGCCUGCAGAGGUCCCGCAUCAGGCACAACAGGCACAGCAUUCUGAGGUACAGACUGACGUCGAGACCGAUGUCGAGGAAGCGCUCACCAGCGACACCGAAGACGCCCCGGUCACGGACUAG